AUGUCCGAAACCACCACGAUCGAACUCGCACCCCCGGCUUCGGCCCUGCUUACACCACAAGCACCAACCGUCCAAGAUGAUGGCAAUUUGUCUCAAACACUCCCUCGAACCAUGGCGGAGCAGCCUCCCCUGUUGAAAGGCUCUACUGCGGUAAUCUUUGUGUCUGUCACCGGCGUCACUGGUAUCAGCAGUCUCCUCGCAGGCCUGAUAACCGUGAUUCUACCUACGUUGGCCAAAGACUUAAAUCUUCCUGCUUCUGUCCUUCUAUGGCCCUCGUCCAUCUAUGCGCUAACAUGCGGUUGCUCGCUGAUUCUCUCAGGGGCCGUUGCCGACGUGGUAGGCAAUCGCUUCAUGUAUCUCCUAGGAUGCCUGCUUCAAAGUGCAUUUACAUUGGCAUGCGGCCUGGCGCAGAACAGCUUGCAGCUGCUCUUCUUCCGCGCUCUUGCCGGCGUCGCAAUUGCCUUCUGCCUGCCCUCUGCAGUGAGUCUCAUCACUUCAUAUUUCCCUCAUGGGCGGCGACGCAAUUUUGCGUUCGCAAUGAUGGGCGCUGGUCAGCCAGUAGGCUUCUCCAUCGGUCUUGUCGUGGGCGGCAUUUUGACUGAUGGGCCUGGGUGGCGGGCCGGCUUCUACAUUGCUGCCGCCAUUAAUACUGUCCUUUUUGCUCUGGCUGUCAUGGGUCUGCCGAAACCAGUACAACCAACGCGGCUGUCGGUCAACAGACUGGCGACAGACAUUGACUGGCCGGGAGCCCUGAUUCUCAGCACCGCGCUAGGGCUCCUCUCAUACGUUUUUGCCGUCUUGACCGGCAAUGUUUCAAGCAUCAAGUCACCCACGAAUAUAGCAUGUUUGUCAACGGCCGCGGCGCUGAUCCCAUCAUUCGUCCUUUGGGUCGGUCGGCAAGAGAAGCUCAACCGCCCAGCAAUCAUCCCAAACUCGCUGUGGCGCAACAGAAUCUUUACGGGCGUUUGUAUCGACGUCUUUCUUGCCUGGGGAGCAUUUAAUGCAACCGAAACCCUUCUCACCUUCUUCUUUCAGGACGUACAGCGACUCAGCGCCACCCAGACCUCUCUGCGCUUCUUACCAUCUCCGGCUUCUGGCAUUGUCACAAAUAUUCUCAUGGGCCUGGCCGUGCACAAAGUCCGUGCAGACUGGGCCGUCAUCUUUUCCAUGGCCAUUUCCUGUCUUUCACCCCUCCUCGUUGCCAUCAUGAAAGUCCGCGCUCCUUAUUGGGAGUACAUUUUCCCAGCUUUAACGUUAAAUGCAAUCGGACCAGAUGUUCUCUUUACUGUAUCCAAUCUGGUUAUCACUGCUGCAUUUCCAGAGAGGACCCAGGCAUUGGCAGGAGGGGUCUUCAACACUGUCGCACAAAUCGGCAAAAGCGUCGGUCUGGCGCUCUCCGCUGUUAUCGCAGGAAGCAUCACGAUGCAAUCAGACCACCCAGACAAACAUGCAACAAAAGCACUAAUGGAUGGAUAUAGAGCCGCGUUCUGGUUCUGCAUGGCUCUCACGUCAAGCACCCUUGUAGUGAGUCUUUGGGGUUUGAGGAGCAUCGGAAAGAUCGGGCUGAAGCGAGAAUGA